CCUCUCUUUAAUUUUUGUUUGGGUUUAUCUUACAAAGAGGUGAAAAUUCUCCAACUCUAAUUCACCCCCCUUCUUGGAGUGCAUUGAGUCAACAAUUGGUAUCAGAGCAAGGGCUCUAAUUUGAAGGUUUAACCACCUAGGAGUUGAUUGAGAAUGGCUCAAUUUCUAUCUUCUCAACCACUUGAAGGUUUGUCUACCACUAAGCCUCCUUUCUUUGAUGGUACUAAUUAUAAUUAUUGGAAGAAUAGGAUGAAGGUCUCCAUGCUUGCAAAUGUGCCCAAGGCAUGGGUUGUGACUAUGAAAGGUCCAUAUGUACCUAUGAAAAUUGUUGGAGAAAGAAAGGUGCCAAAGGAAGAGAUUGAUUGGAAUGAUGAAGACUUGGAGAAGAUCAUGAUCAACAACAAGGCAAUUAGUAUGCUUCAAUGUGCUCUCAAUCCAACGGAGUAUCAUAGAGUCUCCGGGUGUGAUACGGCUAAAGAGAUGUGGGACAUGCUAGAAGUCACUCAUGAAGGAACAAGCCAAGCUCUUGGUAAAGUCUAUCCUCCUCAAGAAGUGGUGAGAAAGGUUCUUAGAAGCUUGCCUAAGAGUUGGGAAGCCAAGAAGACCGCAAUUGAAGAAUCUAAGGAUCUCAACACUCUCAAGCUUGAAGAUCUCAUUAGAAAAUUGAUGACAUAUGAGAUAGAAGUUCAAGUUGAUGGUGGAGUUGAAGUAGUUGAGAAGAAGAAGAAGGAUGUUGCAUUCAAGGCUAGCAAACAAAAAGAAGAAAGUGAAGAUGAUGCUAGCAAUGAUGAGUUUAGCAAUGAAGAGAACAUCACCAAAUUGGUUUCAAAGGAAGUGAAGAAAUACAUGAAGAAGAGCCUCAAAGGGAAAUCUUCUAGAAGAAACAAGGAAAUUCACUAUUCUAGAGGAAGACAAUGUAGUGAUGAUGAAGAUGAUAGAGGAAAGCCAAGUAAGAAGCACAUCAAAUGCUAUGAGUGCAACAAGACGGGGCAUUAUAGAAAUGAAUGCUCUCAAUUGAAGAAGAGUGAGAGGAAAGACAAGAAGAGCAUGAAUAAGAAAGCUUAUGUUGCCACUUGGAGUGAUGAUGAAACUAGCUCAACGGAAAGUGAAAGCUCCUUGGAAAAUGGUGUUGCAAAUCUUUGCUUUAUGGCCCAAGAGGAUAGCUACAAUGAUGAGGAGGUAAACUCUAACUUCUCUAGUUCAAUUAAUGAAAGUUCAUUUGAGUACUCUUAUGAUGAUUUAUGCAAAGUUCUUGAUUGCUCUAUGAAUGACAUUAAGAAACUAGGAAAUGAGAAUAUUGCUCUUACUAAAACCAUUUCAUUGCUUAGGAAUGAGAUUGAAUCUCUCUUAAAACAAAAUAAGGUUUUAGUUAAAGAGAAUGCCUCUUUAAAUGGUGAGAUUGCUUCUUUAAAGAAUGAGGAUUUAAAGAAAGGAAAUGAAGAUUUAAAGAAGGAAAAUGAGAUUUCCCGUGAGCUUCCUCUGCACUGCCGCCGGCAACUCCCCCCUGCAGCUCUGGUUUUAGCUGGAGAAUUAUGGUUCUUGAUCGUUCUGUCAGUUAGUGCGUGAAUUGAGUACUCGGUUUUGCGAAGUGAGGUAAGUAAAUUUAUGGUAAUGCUCGUACUGUUUUAAAAGCAUGUUUUGAUUUGUUUUUGAAGUGGUGGCGGGACUAAACCCGUUUUACACAAGUAUGACUGAUUUGAAGUGAAAUGUUUUAUGCUUUUCAUGAAAUUGAGCAUGCCUACUUGAAAUUUAAGUGACUGUCCUGAUGAUCUGAAAGUGAUUGUGAAUUGUGAUUUUCCUGUUAACUUCUGCCUGUUUUGUCUCCGAUAUGGUCAUGUUAUUCGUGUGCCCGCUAAUGGGAGGUUUAUAAACGCUAGCACAUGUCGACAUGUUAGUGAUAGAGCCGGUUCGUUCAACCCUGCUUGUGGGGGUUAUACACCAGCAAAUCGUGUGCCCGUCAGUGGGAGGUUUAUAAACGCUGGCCAUGACCUAUAGAGGAGACGUCUAUUUCGUGCCCGUACUGUAUCUGUUUUCGUGAUUGUACUUGUUGGCAUGCUUUAAGUUUGAUAAGGGGCACUCCAUAUUUUACUUACUGAGUUUAUCUCAUAGUUUUUCCUUGUCCACCAUUUCAGGAAAUGAAACCGAGGACGGGGAAUCCACGGGAAGUGAUGAGUUAGAAGGCUACCCAUUUCGAGAUUGAUAUAGAUUCUAGAAAUCAUGAUCUUGUAAGCUAGAGUGUACUUGGAGUUUUUAUGAUAUCGGAGUAAAUUUUAAAGAUUUGA